ACCCGGAUUCUAACCCACCCGAGAUUCCUCCCUUGCCCAGCAAAAUUUGGGCUUCCGCCAUAGCCGCUGCCAAAGCCACCUCCGCUUCCGAACCCUCCGCUACCAUAGUAACUGCAGCCAUAGCCUCCGCUGCUACCAAAUCUACUGCUGCCAUAGCCACCAUUGAAGCGGCGCCCACCUUGGCCGCUGCCUCUGCCCUUUCCUCCCCGUGCCAUUCCGGCCACCUCUGCCACGACCUCCUCCUCUGCUGGUACCGCGACCGUCAGCAAAGUGCACUUCAGGAGGUGGUCCGAGAAUACCAGAGAGAGGGGUGGAGGAAUUGGAUUGUUGCGACUGAUCCAGAGAGGCGGCGUAGUUCCGGCGCUCCUCGUGGCCCAUAAGAAGCGCGGUGAGUUCAUCGUUAUUCAUCGUGGCUAGAGAGUCAGACUAGCCAGAAUUAGAGGCUCCAGUUCAUUGCCUAGGCCGGUGUAGAUGCGACGAUUAAUCUGAGCCGAUGUCUUCGGCUUUUUGAUCUGGGCGAAACGAAGGGCCUGCUGUUUCACGGAAUUGAUGAAGUUCAGCGUCGAUGACGUCCCAUUUCGAAGGUCACGCACUUCUGCUCGAGGAGAUCCUCCUAUGCUGCCGUUUGGUUGAAAAAUGACGUCUCCAGCGAUUUCCAGGCCUAGAGUAUAGUGCAACCAAUCCCCUCUGUGACUGCUAGCAUGAUGCAGGUAAUUUGUGGCCAAAGGCCCUGGACCAAGAUCGGUGAUUUCCAGCUCCUAGUGGACUGGGUCUGCUACCUUCAUCGUGACAGGCGACUGCUGGAGGCAGUGGACGGGCGGCUGGGCGGUGAUUAUAUUGCUGAGGAGGCACAGAGGCUUUUGUUCCUUGGCCUAGCCUGCUCCCACCCAAUUGUUAGCGAGAGGCCCAAGACUCAAGCGAUCGUUCAAAUCCUGUCGGGCUCGGUGUCACCACCACAGGUCCCGCCAUUCAAGCCUCCAUUCGGUGGCCGUCAAUGGGCCCGCUGAACAUCGACGGGGACACCACCGACACGACCCAAAUCACGUCAUCGGCAUUUGGGUAGGGUUGGACGUAGCGAGAGAUCUUCGCCGGGUACAGUGACAGCUCCUUUGCGUGAACUGCUCCGCAAGGAAUUCUAAGCUCCCCCAGGGAAUAUAAUUGAAAUUUUGAAAAUGUAAAUUAAUUAAUUAAUUUCUCACUCUUUUUUUUAAAAAAUUUCUGGUUGUUCUUUCCUUUUUUGGUUUGCUAAUUUUCCUAGUCUAUUUUGGGCAGCGGCAGACAACCAAGGAUUGUUUGUACAAUUAGCCUCAUUUUUGUUUAUUUCUUCCCUUUCUUUUCGUUUUUCUCUUUAAUAUUUGGAUUUUUUCGGUUUAUUUUAGAUUUUGCAUGAGGGGAUGUACCAGAAAUAUUGUACAGUCAAAUCAU